UGGUGCGAUUUAAAAUUAUUUUUAGUUCUCUAAUAAAAACACCUGCACGUAACAUCAAUACCUACAACUGCCAACAAAUUGCAUUUGAAAACUCUCAGCUGAGCAGCCUGUGUGUGUCUAGUUCAAAAAUUGUGUAGAGCGUGCUCAUUGCUCAAAAAUGUUGCUAGCUGCCAUUGCAAAAUUUUCAACAGCAGACACAACGGCAACAACAACCACAACAACAAAAGCAACAGCAGCAGCCGUUAAAAUACAAUAGAAAAAAAGAAACAAACACACAGUGAAGUGCAUAAAAUUGCAAAGCAAUCAAUUAAAAUUGAUCAAAUAGUUAUAGUUUUGUGCAUGCAACAACAACAGCUGUGCCCAUUUACACAAUUCAUCUGUCGAAAUACGUUCUAAAUAAAAGGUGCGUGAACAGCUGCGUUGCGACGUCGUCGUUGGCGUGGGCAGCGACAGCGACUGAGACUGAGACUGCGACAGAGAUAGAGACGCAGACGGAGACAGAAACAACGAACAAUAGGAAAAACAAAAACAAACAACGAGGCAGCAACGAUGGAGAUGCGAGAGGUGCUGAGUCGCGAGGGGCGCGAGGCGAAAAAUUUGCUCGUCUACCAGUUUUGCGAUGAGACAAGCCCCAGCGGAGCAACAGCAGCAGCAGCAGCCAAAGAUGCAAGAGACGUUCUAGCCAAUGGCGACUGCUACUCGACAACGCCCACAUGCCGCAAGCCGCCAGUUGCGCCGCCGAAGUCACCGAAUGGCUUACAGACGCCCACCAAGCACUGUCCCCAAUCGCCCACGACUCUAAUGCUCCGCUCCAAGCAGCCAAACAACAGCAGCAGCAGCAGCAACAACAACAACAACAAUAAUAAUAUCAGUAACAGCAGCAGCAGCGCAGCUGGCUCCAAUAGUGGACCACGUGUCCGCAGCGCCUCCACGGGGCGGGACAAGAAGUCGGAGCUGCAGGCACGCUACUGGGCCCUGCUCUUUGGCAAUCUGCAGCGUGCGGUGAACGAGAUCUAUCAGACCGUGGAGUGCUAUGAGAAUAUAUCCAGUUGCCAGGAGGCCAUCCUGGUGCUGGAGAACUAUGUGCGUGAUUUUAAGGCUCUCAGCGAGUGGUUCAAGGUCAGCUGGGAUUACGAGUCGCGACCGCUGCAACAGCGUCCCCAGAGCCUGGCCUGGGAGGUACGCAAAAGUAAUCCCACACCGCGUGUGCGCACCAAGAGUCUCUGCAGUCCCACUGCCUCGGGCAAAUCCAGUCCAGCCUUCUUUCCCUGCAGCUCCGGCAAGACAUCGCCGUGCUGCGACGGCCGGGUGACGCCCAAGAAACUGUUGCGCGCCUACGAGCAGCUGCCACGUGGCGCGAUGCGUGUCAAUGUCCGCGAACUGUUUGCGGCAAAUAAACGGGGCACCACACGUGGCUCACCCAACUCGGAUGCACUGGAUGCACCGCCUCCGCAGGGAACGACACCAACAACAGGAGCAGCAGCAGCAGCAGCUGCCCAGCUGGAGGAGAAGCCAUUUGUGCAGCUGAGCACACAAUACUCACAGACAGAUCUCGAGGAUCCGCAUCUGACGCUGGCUGAUGUGCGCGAGAAGAUGCGACGCGAGGCAGCCGAACGGGAGGCAGCCAAAAAGGAGGCAGCUGAACUGGAGGCAGCAGCAGCUGCGGCAGCUAAUCAGAAAAAAGUGGAAGAAGAAGCUGCAGCAGCAGCAGCAGCAGUUGUAGUUGCAACUGAGGAGUCGCCAAUGGAGAAUAAAACUGACAUGCAACAAGCACAAGCCGCAAAUGAAGCACAAUCCGCAGUUGUUGAACCAAGUGUUGGCGCUGUGUUGGAGCCAACAUCGUUGCAGCUAACCGUUGCCAGCUUGGAUGCCAUGGAGAAUGCGCUGCUGACGGCCCAGGCCAGCAAGGAGGCAACGCCGCCGAGCACACAGCUCAAGCAGAUUGCACCGCUGCCCGAGAAGAAGCCAGCAGCAACGGCCUUGGGCACGGCCAGCGGCAACAUGCAAAAUAGUCCACUCAAAUAUUCCAGUGUGCUAAAUCGACCAGUUGCAACGCGUGGCGUUAAUCAAAAGGGCAACGCGCAGCAAGGAGCAGCAGCAGCAGCUGGAGGAGGAGCAGCAGUUGGAACAGCAACAGCAGCAGCAGUUGCGCCACACACCAAGCUGUCCAGCAGCAAAGUUGUGGCAAAGGCAACAGCGCCCGUAAAUGGCUUGCGACGCAGCAACAACAACAACAACAACAAUAGCAAUGUCAACAGCAAUGUGAAACCAUUUGCGGCACGUCGUGCUGCGCCUCCGCCACGUCCGUCGAGCAAAACCGAAUGCUAUGGUCCGCCCAGCAAUGUUGCCUCGCGCUUGUCGGCACGUUCGCGCACCAUGCUGGAUAUGAAUGGGAAUGCUGUGGCAGCUGCGGCAGCAAGUGUUGCAAUCAAACCGUUGGCCAAACGCAGCACAAACUCCCUGCUGACGGCUGGCAAGCGGGUGAGCCUGCCCAGCACACUUGGACGCAGUUCACGCGAGGACAUUGCCAGCUCCACGUCGACACUGAAGGCGAGCAACGAGCAGCUGAGCAGCUCGAGGAGCACCCUCAAGCUGGACGAGCGUCACUCGGAGCCCAAACAGCUGUCGUCCGAUAACAAUGAUGGUUGGCUGACGGUGAAGAAUCGACGCAGGCCGAGCAUGCAUUGGUCGAAUCGUUUCAAUCAGCCCACAGGAUAUGCCAGUCUGCCCACACUGGCGCUGCUUAACGAGCAAAGGGACGAUAAGGAUAAGGCCCAUAACAGCAACUCAAAGAGUGUCGCCUCCAAGGCAGCUGAGACUAAAACAAAGGCUAAAUCGGGCAAGAUGUUGGCGCAUCCUGCAUCCCGGCCAGAAAUUAAGAAUGCCAAGGCAAAGGUCAACUCAUUUCCAGCACAGCGCACAGCUGCCCAUAUCAAGACAAAGCAAGACAAGGAUAAAGACAAGGACAUCAACGAUAAGGAAAGGGAUAAUGAUAAAGAGAAAGACACUGACAAGGAUAAGGAUAAGAACAAGGAGAAGCCAAAGCCGGCAGUUGCUCUGAUGCGCAGCAGCAGCAACUGCAUCUCUGCUGGCAGCAAUGUGGCAAGUUCCUCGCUCAACGAACGCACCUCCAUCAUCAAGCGCCAGAAAUCGGAUCUCACUGGACUCAAGAUGACUUCGCUCCACAAGGAGUACAUGCGCAGCGAGAAGAACGCUCUGCGCAAACAGCAAAAGGAGCAGAGCAACAGCAACUCCUGUGGCGCCACGGAUGAGAAUAUUGAGUCCAACAAUGAUGACCACAACAAGAUUGACAUAAAGAUUCAGACAAACUGUGAGUUCUCCAAGACAAUUGGUGAGCUCUACGAGAGCCUUGCACGCUGCAAGCUGCCCAAUGGCUGUGUGAAGCCGAAUGCAUUCUUGCUGAGUGCCUGCGAUGAGAUCGAGGAGCAGAAUGCCGAGGAUGUCGAGGAGGAGCGCAAUGAGCGCAUCCUUGUCGAGGUGCAGGAAUCUCUCGAGCGUCAAAUACGCGAAUUGGAAAGCACCGAAAUCGAUGUGGACACCGAGACAGAUGAGACGGACGGCGAGGUGCAGCUGGAGGAGCACGAGGAUGAUAGCACGGAGCAGACACUCGUCGACGAUGCCGUCGUCUUUGUGACGAUGAGCGACGAUGAGAACGCCAGUCUGGAGUUGCGCUAUCAAGCCCUCCUCUCCGACAUGUCGUGGAACGAACGUGCCGAGGCAUUGGCCACUCUUCAGGCCUACGUGGCACGUCAUCCGGGACGCGCACAGGAGUUGCACCAGAAACUAUCAUCGCCGUCGCGUCGUCGUUCGCUGCAGGAAACGCUGAAGAAGUAUCAGGCGAAGCAGGGACGAGCUCACCAGAAACGCAUCCUGCUGCAGCAGGAGAAGGCGGCCAAGUUGCAGCAACUUUUCAUACGUGUCGAGGAUGUGAAGGCUGUCAAGAAACAGCUCAUCGAAGACAAGCGCCAGAAGAUGGAGGGACGUUUGCAACGUGCCGCCGAAAAUCGCGAGAUCUACUUGAGGCAGAUCAUCGAGAAGGCUCACGACGAGGACAAGAAGCUGAAGGAGAUCAAUUUCAUCAAGAAUAUCGAGGCGCAGAAUAAGCGACUCGAUCUCAUGGAGUCCGUCAAGGAUGCCGAGGGUCGUCUCCAGGAGCUGGAGCAAGAGCGCCAGAAGCGCGUUGAGGAGAAGGCAGCCAAGGAGGCGGCUGUGGAGCGACGGCGUCAGGCGCUCGAAAAGGAGCGACUGCUCAAGCUGGAGAAGAUGAACGAGACGCGGCUGGAGAAGGAGCAGCGCAUCGGCAAGAUGCAGGAGCAAAAGGAGCGACAACGUCAGGCGUUGGCCCGCGAAAAGGCGCGCGAUCGCGAGGAACGUCUGCUCGCGUUGCAGGUGCAGAAGCAGCAGACCACCGAGGAGCUCCAGCGCAAGAUCCUACAGAAGCAGCUAGAGUCCGCCCGGCGGCAUGAGGAGAACAUCGAGCACAUUCGACAACGUGCCGUGGAGCUAACCAUGCCCAGUCAGCGGCAACAGGACGAGACGCGUGGCGAUCAGGAUGAGGAUGAGUUGCUCAAUGGUGGGAAUGCCACCAGCACCACCAACGAGGAUUGUGAUCUCUCCUCAACACUGUCCGAACUCGGUGGCGCCACCGGUAAUCGCGAACACUCGCGCAGUUACAAGAAGAAGAUGAAGAAACUCAAGCAACGCAUGAGUCAGUGUGCUGCCGACUACUUGUCCACGCUGGAUGCACUUCCCGCACAUCUGAAGCGGGACAGCAACGUGCCCAAGCUGCUCAAUCUGGUGGUUAAAGGCGGCGGUGCUCAGGGCUUGGAUCGGACGCUGGGCAAUCUGUUGCGUGUGAUACCCAAGGCGCAGACCUGUGAUUUUCAGGCAUUCCUCAACAUGGAUGGGCUGGGCAUCCUCGCCAGCCAUGUCAUCAGCAAGGGCAUGGACGACGCCAACAACACUGAGAUCUCAAAGAAAUCCGUCAUCCUGGCCGUGCAGCUGUAUCGGAAUGCUUGCUCCGUUUGUCCACAGAUCGCGCGUCAUGCACUUUUGGGCAAUUCCAUUGCGACGAUGUUCGAUGCCAUCGUCAAGAGUUUCCAGUUACCCAAAGAAAUAUCACCACAACAUCCGGUCGAGUUAUCCACGGAGCUAAUGCUGGCGUGCACCGAGGCGCUAUCAUCUAGCUAUGUGAAGAAAAACACCCACCCCAAAGUGCCGGAACGCCUACCGGACAUGAUAAACUAUGCGGUGAUCACUGGACUAAUUGGAAUGCUGUCGCAUCGUUGCAUGAAGGUGCGCGAGCCCAUUGAGCCAAACCAGAGCCUCAUGCUGAGCCUGCUGACCACGCUGGGCUUCCUCACGCGCUUCAGUGAUGUCUGCCCGCCAGGUCCUGCUGAUCCCACACGUUUGUUGAGCGCUGCCAAAUCCACAGAGCUCUUCGGCACCGUCUCAAUGCUCGCCGGCUGUGUGGUGCCCACUGGUAAAUGCAUUCCGCCGCGCAUGACCGCCUUGGCGGCAUCGACUUUUAGUCUUUACGUGUCGCUGGCCUUGGUGGAUGUGAACACUUUUCAGGAGGUGCUGACGGUGGAGGGUCCUCUGUCGCUGAAGCUGCUCGAUGUGAUGACCAGAAUACUCAACUGUAGCGCCAACUCAGUGAUCGGAACAAGGAGUGGAGAGAGCUCCACAAUGCUGAUCGAUUUGAUAGCAUCGAUGGCGUUCUUUAGCGUUAACAAUCGUCGGCAUCAGGAUCUGCUCAUAUCGGAUACGUUUGCGGUGAUCUUUAAGAAUUUGGCCAAGCUGUCGGCACAGUUUAAUCCGGUGAUUUAUCCAUUUUUGGUCACCAUGUGCCACAACAAUGCCCCGGCCAGGCAGCUCAUAUCACUCGACUUUGAUCUAGGGCUUCUGGAUGAGUACAGCAAAUCGGAAGCAGCCAAGCAAAAUUGUUGGGUUUGUAUGGCGCACAACAACAGCAACAGCAACAGCAACAACACCAACAACAAGAAUAACAGCAGCAGCAGCAGCAACAACACCAUCAACAAGAAUAACAGCAGCAGCAACAGCAACAGCCAGCAAAAUAGAGCCUAAUUUUCUAAUGCCAUCUCGCUCUCUCGCUGCCACAGUGAACUUGUGUGUGUGUGUGUGUCUGUCUGCCUCGCUCUCACACAAAGUGAUAUUAUUUUCAAAGAAAAAUUCUAAAAGAAAAGAGGAAACUUUAAACAUUCGCAAUUGCAAAAUGGAUUUAUAACUAUUUUUACAAUUAUUUAUAAUUGGUAUAUAAAUCAUUAUACAUAUAUCUAGUAAUAACACUCAUAACUCAUUAACUGACACAUUCACAACAAAGAACAAACAACCAGCAACAACAACUCGCAUAGUUUUAUCAUAAUUUAUGCUAGUUAUUUAAAAAAAAAAGUAUUAACAACAUUCAUCAAUCAACAUCUCAAUUAACCAAUUCAUUACACUUUUUGACUUAUUGACAAAUUUUCAGUUUUGUUGUUUUUUUUUGCUUUAAUUUGGUUUUGAAAACUUAUUUUUUAACCAACCUCUCGAUUUUUAUACCAGCUAAUAAUUUCUACGUUCAUUUUAUUGAUUGACUUUAACAAUGUUCUGUCCAAAUAAACAAUUAUUAUUGAUACAAUAAAUAAAUACGUGAAAAACUAA